AAAAGCGUCAUUGUUUCAGUAAAGUUUUCACAAGCUGCAGGGAUGAAGCUCCUCUUCUGUCUCCUCGCUGGAUGUUCCUCUUACUGCUGCGCUGAUGUUCCAGCAGUGUUUGCGUCGCAGAGAGAAACGGUCACUCUGCCCUGUCCUGUGAAGAGCGGAGAUGUCACAUGGAAACACCUCACAGGCAGUCAGGAGGGAAAGACUCUCGUCACCAUCCGAAACGGGGAAGAGAAAAUAACCAACAAAGACAAAUACGGAUCGCUGGCAGAUAACUCACUGGUUAUAAAAAAAGUCGACCCGUCAGAUUACCGGAUGUAUUUCUGUAACAAACAUCGAGUUUACCUCCAGGAGACAGCUGAUCCAAACAUGCUGCCUGAUGCUGGAAAUGAACCAGGACAGACGGGGGUCCCUGCUGGAGACGAAGCAGCGUCAGGAGAUGAAUCUUCUGACUUGUGGAAAGUACCCGUUGGCGUCCUCGUCGGCGCUGCGUUGGUGCUUUUCGCCGUCUUCACGCUGAGAUUCUGCUCGAGGCGGAAAACAGAGACACACUCCAACGUGGACAAAACGAUGGAGGUGAUCUACGAGGAGAUCGAAGGUGUCUGGGAGCAGUCGGUGAGAGAGUCGGACGUGGAGAGUCCUUAUUACUCGUCCUGCAUCAGGGAGACACCGAACACGAGCACGACGUGGACAGACGACCAUCUGUACAGCUCGGUGAACAAGCUGAGCUCUGACGGAGACGGCAGGUACGAGUGUGUGUACAACCUCGCACAGAAUCCAGGAAGUGUGUGUGAGAAGUGAGCGUUCAGUUUCACACGUGCCUAAAACUCCUGAAAAUGAAGUUCAUGUUGUUGGGACUCUGUUGCUGCUGUGUCCCGCCCCCCCCGCCGCCGCGUCCUUCUUUUCACGCCAUGUCCGCCAAGGAUUUCAUGAACAUAAGAAAUGUUCACAAACUGCUGUUUGAAUGUUUUUGGUUCAGCAUGACAAAAUAUAAAAACUGGAAACAAAUAAUCAGGAUCAGAA